UAAACGCUCUUUCCUCCUCACCCCUUCUUUUAGCAGAGGGAGGAUUUUCUUGCUUGUAUCAUAAGCGACUUCUUUGCCUUGAAUUAUUUCAAGUUUUGUCGGGAGACUUGGCUUCAAUUACAUUAACUUGCCACAGUGUUUAGUUAUUAUCAUUGAUCAUUCUCUUUUCCAGAUUUCGCAGCUGUAUUCUUCAAUUAUAGCUAUUUUCAGAUUUUUGAUUCUCUUUGAUAAUACAAAGAGCUAACAUUUUGUCUGAAUGUCUUUGGUUUUGUUCAUGAAGUUUUUGGAUUAUAUAAACCAAUUGUGAAACUCUCUUUCCUACAGGAUAAUUCAAACUUGAGAACUCAUAUCUCAAGCCUCAUCUCUCUACUGCUCGGUAAUGGCUUCUGCAGCUCCUUCUUCUCAAAGGCGCUAUGAUGUCUUCCUCAGCUUCAGAGGAGAAGACACCCGCAAUAACUUCACUGCCCAUCUCUAUCACGCCUUGUGCCAGAAAGGAAUCAACACUUUCAUUGAUGAUGACAAGCUUGAGAGAGGCCAAGUCAUAUCUCCUGCCCUGGUUGCAGCUAUCGAAAACUCCAUGUCUUCGAUAGUUGUUUUGUCGGAAAAUUAUGCAUCCUCUAGAUGGCGUUUGCAGGAAUUGGUGAAGAUAGUAGAGUGCAUGAAAAGCGGAAGACAGAGGGUUCUCCCAAUUUUCUACCAUGUGGAUCCCUCGGAUGUGAGAAGACACAGGGGUAUAUUUGGGAAAGCAUUGGCUAAACAUGAAGAGAACUCAGAGAACAUGGAGAGUGUGCAGACUUGGAAGGAUGCUCUCACUCAAGUUGCAAAUUUAUCUGGUUGGGAUUCAAGAAAUAAGAAUGAGCCUCUACUAAUCAAGGAAAUCGUUACAGAUGUUUUGAAUAAGUUGUUAAGUACAUCCAUUAGUGAUACCGAAAAUCUGGUUGGAAUAGAUGCUUGCAUGCAAGAAAUAGAAAUGCAAUUAUGUUUGGAGUCUGGCGAUUUUCUAAUGGUAGGAAUUUGGGGCAUGGGCGGAAUAGGGAAAACAACCCUUGCUAAAGCUAUUUACAGAAAAAUCUCUAGUCAAUUUGAAGCAUGCUGUUUUUUUGAAAAUGUUGGGGAGGAUUUGGCAAAGGAGGGUUUAAUAAGAUUACAACAAAAGUUUCCUUCUCAGUUAUUGGAAGAACCAAAUCUAAAUAUGAAGGUACUCACAUCUAUAAAGAGAAGACUCCACUUGAAAAAGGUUCUUAUUGUUCUUGAUAAUGUAAAUGAUCCAAUAAUAUUGAAAUGCUUGGUUGGAAACCAAGAUUGGUUUGGUCAAGGAAGUAGAAUUAUUAUAACCACUAGGGAUCAACGUUUGUUAAUUUCACAUGGAGUACUCAAUUAUUAUGAGGCUCAAAGAUUUAAUUACGACGAAGCUUCGGAGUUCCUUGCACCCUAUUCAUUAAAACAUAAAAUUCCUUGUGAUGAUUUCAUGGAGCUUUCAAAAGAAGUAAUAGGUUAUGCUCAAGGUGUCCCAUUGGCUCUAGAAGUUUUAGGUUCCUUCUUAUUUAGCAUGACCAAAGAAGAAUGGAGAAAUCAAUUAGACAAACUGAAAAGUACUCCUAAUAUGAAAAUUCAAGAAGUACUUAAAGUAAGUUAUGAUGGGCUAGAUGAUAAGGAGAAGAAUAUAUUUCUAGACAUUGCAUGUUUCUUUAAAGGAGAGGAUAAAGAUUAUGUAAUGGAAAUACUAGAUGGUUGCGGCUUCUUCUCACUUAGUGGAAUACGAGCUCUCAUUGAUAAGUCCCUCAUAACUAUUUCUUCAAAUGAGUUGAUGAUGCAUGACUUAAUACAAGAAAUGGGUAGGGAAAUUGUUCGUCAACAAUCCCUUGAAGAGCCUGGUAAACGUAGCAGAUUAUGGUUCCAUGAAGAUAUCUAUGAUGUAUUGAAAAAAAAAUACGGCAAAUGAAAAAAUUGAAGGCAUAUUCCUCAACUUGUCUCAUUUGGAAGAGAUGCUUGACUUUACCACUCAAGCUUUUUUAAGGAUGAAUAAACUUAGAUUACUCAAAGUCUAUAAAUCUAAUGAUAUUUCACGAAACUUCAAAGAUACCUUCAACAAGGAGAAUUGUAAAGUGAACUUUUCCAAAGACUUCAGAUUUUGUUACCGUGGUUUGAGGUGCCUAUAUUUGUAUGGAUACUCUUUCAAAUCAUUGCCCAAUGACUUCAAUCCAAAGAAUCUUGUUGAGCUUAGCAUGCCUUCUAGUCACAUUAAACAACUUUGGAAAGGGGUCAAGGUUCUUGAAAAGUUAAAAUUCAUGGAUCUCAGUUACUCCAGGUACUUGAUAGAAACUCCAAAUUUAUCAGGAGUCACCAACCUCAAACGGUUAGUUUUGGAAGAUUGUGUGUCUUUAUGUAAGGUACACUCAUCACUUGGAGAUUUGAAGAAUCUCAAUUUCUUGAAUUUGAAAAACUGCAAAACACUUAAGAGUCUUCCAAGUAGCACAAGUAAUUUGAAAUCACUUGAAAUAUGUAUUCUUUCGGGUUGCUCAAAAUUUGAAGAAUUUCCUGAGAACUUUGGCAACUUAGAAAUGUUGAGGGAAUUUUAUGCGGAUGAAAUUGCUAUUGGAGUACUUCCCUCCUCUUUUUCUUUCUUAAGAAACCUUAAAAUAUUAUCGUUUAAGGGAUAUAAAGGACCACCAUCUACCUUAUGGUUGUUGCCAAGAAGUUCAAAUUCCAUUGGUUCCAUAUUGCAACCUUUGUCAGGUUUAUGCUCUUUAAUAAACCUAGACCUAAGUGACUGCAAUUUAUCGGAUGAAACAAACCUUGGCAGUCUUGGCUUGUUAUCAUCGUUGAAAGAGUUAUAUUUAUGUGGGAACGACUUUGUUACUUUGCCUUCAACCAUCAGUCGACUUUCUAACCUAGAAUGGCUGGAGUUGGAAAAUUGUAAAAGACUGCAAGUACUUUCAGAACUUCCAUCAAGUGUAUAUCAUGUGGAUGCAAAAAAUUGCACAUCAUUGAAAGACAUCUCAUUUCAAGUACUUAAGCCACUAUUUCCACCUAUCAUGAAAAUGGACCCUGUCAUGGUGAGUUCUCUCUAUAUCCCAUAUGACAUUGCUUUAAUUAUUUUUAUUAUUUUUAAAAAAGAGGUCUUGCAAUGAAGUUCAUAUCAUAUAUUUUUAGUAAUAAAUGUUGAGUGAAGGAAAACAACAAUAUCUAUCUUUCAACAUCCUAAUCAUUUUCAUUCUACAGGGUGUACUCUUCCCGGCAUUAAAAGUAUUUAUUCCUGGGAGUAGAAUACCAGAUUGGAUAAGUUAUCAGAGCUCAGGGAGUGAAGUAAAAGCAAAGCUACCUCCAAAUUGGUUUAAUUCCAACCUCCUGGGUUUUGCUAUGAGUUUUGUCAUUUUUCCCCAAGUCUCUGAGGCCUUUUUUUCUGCGGAUGUCUUAUUUGACGAUUGUUCCUCCUUUAAGAUCAUUACUUGUAGCCUUUACUAUGAUAGAAAGUUGGAGUCGGAUCACGUGUGCCUGUUUUAUUUACCAUUUCACCAGUUGAUGAGCAAUUACCCUCAAGGGAGUCACAUCAAGGUAUCAUUUGCAGCAUUCUCCAUGGAUGCUGGUAUUGCCAUUAAGAGGUGUGGGGUUGGUCUAGUGUACAGUAAUGAAGAUUUGAGUCACAACAAUCCCUCAAUGAGUCAAUUCAACUCCAUCUUCUCUCCUCCUCUUUCUCCUAAUAAGUCAACUGUUGUCCUUGAAGAAAUCCAUGAGGGGGAACCCAAUGGAAAUGGUUGCUCUAAUGUUGAUGGCUUAGAAGAAGAGAAUUCUGAAUACCAAACUGCUGAUGAGGAGGAACCCAGUACUGCAACUGCCUGCUCAGAGGAUCACUCUGAAUCAGAGAUGCGGCCACAAAAACGCUUCAAAGGCAGGCAUGAUAAGGACAUCCCUUGAUGAUGUGGGAGACCUGGUAUUAUAUGUUGUGAAUUGAAGUCAGAAUUGAAGGAGCACAAGUAGAGGAGAGAAAAGCCUAAUUAGAUUUCAUCCUCUCUCUACUCAAUAUUGAUACAAUUUUCUUUUCAUUAAGAAAUGUACAUCAAACUAAAGGAGUCAAGAGACAGAAACCAAGUUUUCACUAAUUUAUUCUUCUCUGCAAAGAAUUUUUCUUCAA